CCUGCCAUUAGUAAUUACUACUCAACGACUUUAAAAAAGGCUUCCGAUACUUAACUCUUCUCCUCGGAAUUCUUUUCCAAGCUUUUUAUUUUUAUUUUUGUCAAACCCCAUUUUUGGAUCACUUUCCAAACAUCGAAUCUCCAGAUUUUAUACCUCAAAAUUGUAGUAUGAGAAGCAAAGGAUACAGCCAUAACAAGUUCGUGCGGUUCAUUACAGUUCCCUUUAGAGCGUUAGGAAAAGCUAGGGAUCUUUAUGUUAGAAGUUUAACAAGUUGUGCUUCAAGGGUCAGCUGUGGACAAGGCUCGGCGGACUACACAGGGCAAUACUCAGGCUUGCCGAGGAGCUUUAGUACAAGCUCAACAACAUCUAACGACAAUGAAGAUCUUAGAGAGCUUGUUAGAGCUGCAUCUGUUAGGAGCUUGGGUCAUAGGAAUGAAGUGGAGAUGUUUUUGCAACAACAAUUGAGGUUACAGAUGGGAUCAAAAGGGUUGCCAAAGAGUUGCAGUAUAGGGAUGGGAAGAAUUGAUGAAGACAAGCCUUGUGAAUUUGAAGAAAAUGAUGCUGUUGUUGUUGAUAAGAAGCAAGAUUUUUUGUAUCCGAGAAGCAAAAGCUAUUCUGUCACAAGAAGAAGUGUUUCUUUUGAUUCCUAUUGAUUCUGUCUGUAAUUGCAUAUAAAGGGAAGCAAAAGAACCUCUCUUUUCUCUCUUUAUUGUUUCACUUCUUUUGUUGUUUUGAGAUCUUUUUUGGAAAGUUGUUUUCAAUUAUGAUAGUAUGGUUAAUGGAAUUGUUUAGGGUUCAUGUUUGAAUCAAAGUAGUUUCUAUCACUAGUCUAUACAGAGUUAAACGGGUUUCAUGCAUAAUAAUAUUUUUCCUUCUUUC